UAGAUCUGAAACCGCCAACAAUGUCGAAUCAGAAAUUGGUUCAGAGAGAAACAGAGAUUGAAGAUCAGAACAAUCGGUUACAUCAUCCGUAUGCGUUCCAUGUAUCUGGUCCUCGCAAAGUUUCUGUCCCAAAUUGGCGAGAUCUCAUCAAUUCAAGUUGGAAAGAUGGAAACUACAAGAGGACUGUCAUUGCCUGUUUUAUCCAAGCAGUUUACUUGCUAGAACUCGAUCGACAAGAAAAAAGAACCGAGGAAAACGCUCUAGCUCCAAAAUGGUUCAUACCCUUUAAAUACAAACUUUCACGGACUUUAAUUGACGAAAGAGAUGGAUCUAUAUAUGGUGCUAUUCUAGAGUGGGAUAGAUCAGCAGCAUUAUCGGAUUUCAUCCUCAUUAGACCAAGCGGUGCACCUCGUGCAGUUUUAGCUCUAAGAGGAACACUUCUAAAAGGCCCGACUCUUAGGCGUGAUAUAGAAGACGAUCUCAGGUUUCUAGCAUGGGAAAGUUUGAAAGGUUCCGUGAGGUUUAAUGGAGCGUUAGAAGCUCUGAAAUCGCUUGCUGAUGCUUAUGGAAGUCAUAAUGUUGCUGUUGCUGGCCACUCGUUAGGGGCAGGAUUCGCACUUCAGAUCGGCAAAGCGUUAGCAAAAAACGGGCUUUUCAUCGAGACCCAUUUGUUCAAUCCACCAUCCGUUUCGCUUGCUAUGAGUUUGAAAAAUGUGGGCGAAAAAGCGGUCGUUGUUUGGCAGAAAGUCAAGUCAAUGCUGCCUUCUAAUGCUGUUACUGCCACUGAUACUGAUACUAAUACCGGUGUUGCUUCUAAUAAUGUAGUAGCAUUUAACAAAUGGGUGCCUCAUUUGUAUGUCAACAAUAGUGAUUACAUAUGCUGCUAUUAUACUGAUCCAGCUGGUGGUGGGGAAAGUGGUGGUGCCGCCAGUGAAAAGGAGAACGUGAGGCCGCUGUCGGCCGCCAACGGACAAGUUGCGGCGAAGCUUUUUGUGUUGUCGAAAGGGAAGCAGAAGUUCAUGGAAGCACAUGGAUUAGAGCAAUGGUGGUCAGAUGAUUUGGAACUUGAAUUGGCUUUGCAAAAUAGUAAGCUUAUUAGCAAGCAAUUGAAGUCAUUGUAUAGCCUCCCUCCUACCUCCGCCACAAACCGCCGAUGA